AGUUCCCGCCCUCCUUCGUCCUCUUCUAUACUCUCGUUCUCUGUGGAAAAAAAGAAGUUCAGUAUCGUGUGCUGCUCAUUUAUUGCUGAAUUAGUGCUUUAUAGGUCAUUUGACUCUGCAGGUUUGGGGAGGCUUCAUUAGUAAUUGCCCCUGGGCGGCAGCUCUAGUCGGAGCGAGUAAAUCGCCAACUCCCAUUAUCCCAUACCCCGACUGAUCUUAGCUCCUUGCAGCCAAUGGGAAGAGUGUAGCUCUCCUGCGUUCAGUGGCAGUGUUAUCCACAGGAGGGGGAAGAACGAUCAUGGAGUCCCCUCUGAGUGGGAGGAAGUGAGCGUUUCCUGUGGUGUCUGGUGGCCAGUGGAGCCCUCUGUGCCGGACAUUUUCUGUUCCUGAUCCUAUUAAUACCAGAACAUGGCUGCACUGUGCUUGCUACUACUUCUCUCUUUGGCUGAGGCCAUUGACCUGCGUGUACCUGAGUUACCAGUCAUAGGGCUGCUGGAUAAAGAUGUAAUUUUACCCUGCUGGUUCACUCCUUCAGAAGGCUUCACCCCCAAGAAUCUUAGUGUGUUUUGGAAGUUACCAAACCAGCAGCAGGAUUAUGGCUUUGUUCUUGGAGAGGAUCUGCAAGAAAACCAAUCCCCACAAUAUAAGGACCGCAUUAGCCUUUUCCAUGAAGAACUGUCCAAGGGCAACAUGUCUGUGCUGCUCCAACAAGUCCGACUGACUGAUGAAGGCAUUUAUACCUGCUUUGUUAAUGUCCAAAACUCGAGCUCUGCAUCUGUGAGCCUACAGGUUGGGGCUCCUUUCACCAAGCCAACUUUGCACUUGGAACCCAGUGAAGCUCUGAAACCUGGCGAUCAAGUGACGGUGACAUGUCAUACCUAUGAUGGAUACCCAGAGGCCAAUAUACUCUGGCAAAAUGGUGAAGGACAAAACAUGACCGAGAAUAUCACAACUUCACAGGUGGCUAAUGAGAAGGGCCUGUUCCAUGUCCAGAGUUCUCUUAGUGUUAUUCUGGAGACAAGUGAUACUUACACGUGCCUCGUAUUUAAUCCUGUAUUGCAAGAUGUGACGCAUGCAUCCCUUACUGUCACUGGUCAGCACCUUUCAUUCCCUCCAUUGGUCCUUUGGGUGACAGUGGGGCUGUCUAUUUGUCUGCUAUGUCUGCUUGUUGCUCUGGCUUGCGUAUGCAGAAAACACCUGAAACAAACAUGUGAGGAAGAACAGGAGAAUGCAGGAAAUGAGGAACAUGAGGAAAACGGAGAACUCAAGACAGCCAUGCAGCCUCUCAAAGUGACAUCACCUGGAGAGGGAGAUAGCCAGGGAGGAGAAAUCGAGCGUCGCACGAUGGAUAGUCCCCCUGUCACCUUUUCUGAAGAGGAGCGCAAGCAGAGUUUCGAUGAUGAUGCAGAAUGUUUAGAAUGAGGCAGAGUGAACUUGCAGUUAUCGUAUGUGUAUUACUCAGAAACGAAGAAGGGCUCAACUACAACACACUGGAAACGGUAUAGGGUUUUUCCACAGACGAACUUCACUAAACUCAUUUUCUACAUCAAAGCCUUACAGGAUGUCGCCUGCUGUGUCCUGCUUUUAUACCUUAUCAAUCAAUUUAUUACAGUAUUUCUUUUUCUUACGCUUUUUAUAGGAAUGUAAUUGUUUUCAAAGGAGGGGGAUUAAUUGCACCCUCUGUUUUUAAAGGGACCUGAAACAGAUUUUGGAGCAGCAUAUUUUAAAGCACUUUAUCAGAAUGGGCUAAAUGGUACAGGCAACCACCUCAUAUCAAAAAGAAUGCCAAGAAUUGUGUGGAAGGUGGCAGCCCUCUUUAUUUCCCGAAGACCUUUAUGAUUUAUUGUAAUAGAAUUUCAGCAAUUUUUAUUGACUGCUUACAAUGCAGAAUGGUGCAUAUUUCUCUACAAAACCUUAAAGGUGUUCAGCAACCCACUUCCAUUCUGACUGUGGAUCAUUGGAUUAAUAUGAGCCAUUUUGAUGUUGCCAAAUGUCUGAAAGAUGAGGAUUGCUUGAAGCAGAUCUAUACUGACCUGCCAAGAAGACUGAUGCUCUGACUUCUCAGUACCUUGAAUGGAGCUAGGGGAUGUUUGUGCUACCUAUUCAUAUGAAUGAGUGAGACUAUAAGAAAUGUUAUUUCCUUCUAAAAAUCUGCUGGUCGGAUAACAUGAGGGAAUUCACAAAUGUAUGCGUGCCUUAAUCUUUAACCUGCCCUAUCAAAAACUAUGGUGCAAGAUACAAUUAAUGUAGAAAUUUUUUAAAAAAAUGUGUUUAUUUAUUUUGCUGCAGACUCUGUUUACACUGAUAAAGGCAACACAGAGCUACCACCUCGCCCUCUCUGUAUGGCAUUGUUACAUAGACCCCUGCUACUUUCUGACAAAUGCAAGUAAUUAAAAGCACUGCAGAUAA